AUGUGUUUCUGUGCUGCCGCACGGAACGAUGCCGCGUACCACCUGCGAGGCAGCGGGCAGAACUUACUCCGGAGUGGGAAAUCUGACUCAGAGAAGGCUCAGGAAGGUGCCUGCCCGCCGGCGCUCCUCUGCCGCAGCCGCCGCCUUUCCAAAAGGCUCACCGAGAAAGGAAGCGGCGUUUCGGGCGGCCUCCGGGGAAGGCUCUCCUGUCCUGUCCUGUCCUUCAGUCAGGCCAAGCUUACCUAUUUGCGCACUGCUGGAUUUGUUAACGGAGAGCGAGCGAAGCCGCAGCUCCAGUUCCCUCGUUUUUGCGCGUGGCUCUUUCCGCAGCCGGCGAAGAAAAGCCAAUUCUGCCCCUUCUGCUUCGGCCCUAGGUCCGGGGUGGUGUGCCGCGUCAAGUACUGCAACAGCCUCCCCGACAUCCCCUUCGACCCCAAGUUCAUCACCUACCCCUUCGACCAGAACAGGUUUGUACAGUACAAGGCCACCUCUCUUGAAAAGCAGCACAAACAUGACUUGCUGACUGAACCUGACUUGGGAGUCACCAUAGAUCUAAUUAACCCAGACACUUACCGCAUUGACCCCAAUGUUCUUCUGGAUCCGGCAGAUGAGAAGCUGCUGGAGGAGGAGAUCCAGGCACCAGCCAGUUCCAAGAGAUCACAGCAGCAUGCCAAAGUUGUGCCAUGGAUGCGGAAGACAGAAUAUAUCUCUACAGAGUUCAACCGCUACGGUGUCUCCAAUGAGAAGCCAGAGGUUAAAAUCGGCGUGUCUGUCAAACAACAGUUCACAGAAGAGGAAAUCUACAAGGACCGAGACAGCCAAAUCGCAGCCAUUGAGAAGACAUUUGAGGAUGCUCAGAAAUCAAUUUCUCAGCACUACAGCAAGCCUCGUGUUACUCCAAUGGAAGUUAUGCCAGUCUUUCCUGACUUCAAGAUGUGGAUCAACCCCUGUGCUCAGGUCAUUUUUGACUCUGACCCAGCACCCAAGGACACCAGCGGGGCAGCAGCUCUGGAGAUGAUGUCUCAGGCCAUGAUUAGGGGCAUGAUGGAUGAAGAGGGCAACCAGUUUGUGGCCUACUUCCUUCCCGUGGAUGAUACAAUGCGGAAACGCAAACGAGACCAAGAGGAGGAGAUGGAUUAUGCCCCCGAAGAUGUGUAUGAAUACAAAAUUGCCCGGGAAUACAACUGGAACGUUAAGAACAAGGCCAGCAAGGGCUAUGAAGAAAAUUAUUUCUUCAUCUUCCGUGAGGGCGAUGGUGUCUAUUACAACGAACUGGAAACCAGAGUGCGGCUCAGCAAACGGCGAGCCAAGGCUGGGGUUCAGUCGGGCACCAACGCGGUGCUGGUGGUGAAGCACAGGGAUAUGAAUGAGAAGGAGCUGGAGGCACAGGAGGCCCGCAAAGCCCAACUGGAGAACCACGAGCCUGAGGAGGAGGAAGAGGAGGAGGAGAUGGACUUGGGUAAAGAGGCGCAAGGAUCAGAUGAAGAGCCGGAGAAAGGAAGCGAGAGCGAGAAGGAGGCCAGCGAAGCCGAGGAGGAGGAGGAGGAAGAGGAGGAGGAAGGCCGCUCGCCCAGCGAGGGAGAGGGGGCCGCCGCCGAGGAGAGCGAGGAAGACGAGCGGGCCGCGCGAGACAAGGAGGAGAUCUUUGGGAGCGAUGACGAUGAGGAGGAGGAGGACUCCGAGCCAGACGGGGGCCGGCCAGAGGGGGACGAGGAGAGCGGCAGCGGGGAGGAGGACGAGGAGGGGGGGGGCCGGCGGCAGCAGCAGCAGCACCACCACCACCGUGGCAGCCGUAGCCCCUUUCUCAGCGGCAGCGACCGCUCCAACCACGAGGACGACGAGGAAGGCGAGGCCAGCGCCAGCGACGCCCCUUCGGAGUCCAGCAGUGACAGCAGCGACAGUGACUGAGCAGCUGCGCAGGCGGACCGAGGGCUUCCGGCACGGCUGUUCCCGCCUGGAGGUGGCGGCAGCGGCGGCACUGCGAUUCUCCGGGCCCCUUCUGGUCCGCGGAAGCUCCUUUCCCCAACUCUGCCCUCCGUGCCACCAGGGCGCUGUCGGCAGGGCGGCUGGGCGGUGGGAGUGGGAGUGGGAGCAGGCGCGGUUGGGGAGCUGCUUGCGUCCGGCCCGCGUGUUCCUGCUGUAUAUAAGGACAGCCAGCCCCUUCCCCUUGCAAUAAAGGCUUCUUUUCCCCUUU